AGGGGGAAUCAACGUCAAAUGACUUUAACACAUUUCAGACACUUCAACCUGUGACACAUCGACAGACCUAACAACUUUGUUUUCAGCAGCGCUCCGAUUAUUUCGUUCGAUUAGUAACCACAUUGGAGAAAUAGUUUUGCAAAUAUUUAUUCAAAAUGAGUGAAGACGACUCAAAAGUUAAAUUCAAAGUUACGUUAACAUCAGAUCCAAAGCUGCCGUUUAAAGUGUUUAGCGUGUUUGCGAGCAUUCCAUUCACAGCUGUUGUUAAAUUUGCUGCCGAGGAAUUUAAAGUAGAUCCAGCGACAACAGCCAUCAUCACAGAGGACGGUAUCGGUAUCAAUCCACAACAAACAGCUGGCAAUGUUUUCAUGAAACAUGGUUCGGAAUUGCGUUUGAUUCCACGCGAUCGUGUCGGACACAUUGAGGUUUAGGAAUAUUUUUGAGCUAGAUCUUUCGGAAUAAAUAUCGGAACGAAACAAUGUGGCAACCAAUUGCAACACUCAAAUUCCAAACGCAUAUUUAAACUCUUAUUAUGUAUUUAAACAAAUUGAACGCUGUUUUAGUUAUUCAUGAAUAUCAAAUCACUUUAUUAAAGGAAAUCGCGUAAAGCGAUUUUAUUCCGAUAAAA